AUGGCCAAGGAAGUCAUGAACAUUAACAACACUCUACAAGAAGUGCUGAAUAUUGCACUCAUCCACAAUUUACUAGCUUGUGGAAUUCAUGAAGUUGCCAAAGCCUUGGACAAAUACCAAGCCCAUUUUUGUGUUCUUGCUUCCAACUGUGAUGAACCUUUAUGUGUAAAAUUGGUUGAAGCCCUGUGUGCUGAGCACCAAAUUAACUUGAUUAAGGUUAAUGACUACAAGAAACUGGGUGAAUGGGUAGGCCUUUGUAAAAUUGACAGAGAGGGAAAGCCCUUAAAAGUGGUUGACUCCAGUUGUGUUGUUGUUAAAGGAAUCUCAGGCCAAAGAUGUCAUUGA